AUGGUGAAACCCUCUGAACCCGGUUGCUUGACUUCUGGCUCGACGCUGGUCCGCUCGCGCCCACCCCGUGAAAGCAGCGGUGCUGGGCGGGGCGGUUCGGACGGGGGCCCCGCCCCCCCGAUGGCGCGAAUCGUUCGCGCCAUGGAUGUCAGAGCUUCUUUUUGGCCAGUUCUCGAGGCAGGGAAGUAUCUUCCACGAGAAAACAUCACAACUGGCAGGCUUCAUCGUGCUGGCUGUGGAGGCUUUGGCCGAGCAUCCCUCUCCAGCGAGUGGGCAAACACAUUGACGAGGGCAUGUGUUGCACUGGCCACAUUCUCACGAGCUGCUGGCAUCGUUCGAGAGCGUGGCGGCCGGCCGCGCGGCCGCGUGACGACGCGUGGCACGCGGAUCUUUGUGCCCGCCAAGGCUGUGGACGAGGUCGUGAAGGAAGAGCAGUGGAAGUCGAUCGAGGUGGAACACUUGGGCGACAAAGGCUUUGGGAUGGUAGCCGCCCGGCCCAUCCGUCGUGGUGAGCUGGUCCUGCGCGAGGCGCCGCUCCUGGGGCUGCCGGAGUCCUUCGAUGGCGACUUGGAGGAGCUGAUGAAUCAGACGAGCCUGCGUCAGCUGGACGCCGACCUCCGUCAGGCGUUAGAAGACCUGAGCGAGGAGCAGCAGCGGCGCUUUUGGUCGCUCGCAGACUCGCACUCGCCGGGGCAAAAGACGGCGGCAGGGGUUGCACUGACGAACGCGUUGCAACUGGGCACAGGUGGCGGCUUGCUCUGCCGCUCCGCGCGCUUCAACCACAGCUGCUUGCCCAACGUCCAGGGCACCUGGGCCGACGGCUGCGCCGAGUGGCGGGCGCUCCGAGACGUCUCCGCGGGCGAGGAGCUUUGCUUCUCCUACGUGGAUCCCUACCAGACCGACGUGCAGAGGCAAGAGACCUUGGAGCUGCUUUUCAAGUUCAAAUGCCAAUGUCCAGUGUGCAGCCUGGAAAGAGAGGCCAGAGAGACCAGCAAUCAGACUCGGCUGCAGCUCCGCGAGCUGAACGAAGGGCUGCAGCUGGCAGUCAUCGGAGCGGACGACGCGGGGUACGUGGCGGAGCGGCUGGUGCCGGAGAUGCUGGACCUCUUGGACAUCGAGUUGGGCGGAAGUAGUGCGCUGAAGACCAAGGCGCUCCACCUGGGUUUCCUGCUGGCCCUGGAGUCGGAGGAUGAGGACUUGGCCAAGAACAUGGCACAGAAGGCCUAUGAACAUGCUUCUGUGGCAUACGGCCCCAAUUCAGACCGCGCCAAGAUGCUACAAGCUUGUGCUGAAGGCGACUAUGAAAGCGAAGAGUUCGAGGACAUGCUCUUGGAGAUGCAAAGUGAAGCCUUUGCCUCAUGA